AUGUCUUCUCCCCAAAAGUUCCAGGGCUGGCUGGGUCUUGACGCCAGCAGUGUCAACGGCCAGAUGAAAUGGGGCGAGUUUGAGCCCAAGAAGUGGGAGGAGAGCGACGUCGACAUCCAGGUCUCGCACUGCGGCAUCUGCGGCUCCGAUCUGCACACGCUCCGGUCCGGCUGGGGUGAGACACCAUUCCCUUGUGUCGUUGGACAUGAAAUCGUUGGCAAGGCCGUCCGCGUCGGCAAGGACGUCAAGCACAUCAAGGUGGGCGACAACGUCGGCGUUGGCGCCCAGGGCCGGUCGUGCCUGGAAAAGGACUGCCCCGAGUGCUCUACGGGCCUGGAAUCCUACUGCGGGCGCGUCAACGUCGGAACCUACGGUGGCAUCCACCCAAACGACAUUGGCAAGUCGUACGGCGGCUACGCGACGUACAACCGCUCCAACGGCCACUUUGUCUUUAAGAUCCCCGACGCGAUCAAGCCGGAGCACGCCGCGCCCAUGCUCUGCGGCGGCAUCACCGUGUACUCGCCCCUCAAGCGCUACGGCGCGGGGCCGGGCAAGACGGUCGGUAUUGUCGGCGUCGGCGGUCUCGGCCACUUUGGCGUGCUCUUUGCCAAGGCCCUGGGCGCCGACCGCGUCGUCGCCCUGUCGCGCAAGUCGGACAAGCGCGCGGACGCGCUGGCCCUGGGCGCCGACGAGUACAUUGCCACGGACGAGGACGCGGGCUGGCCCGCCAAGCACGCCCGCUGCGUGGACUUGAUUGUGUCCACGAUUUCGUCAGACAAGAUGCCCAUGGCGGACUACCUCAAGCUGCUCAAGGUGCACGGCACGUUCAUCCAGGUCGGCGCGCCCGACGGCGGCAACCUGCCGGCCAUCAACGCAUUUACGCUCAUUGGCAGCGGCAUCCAGGUCGGCGGCAGCCUCAUUGGCGCGCCCGACGAGAUCCGCGAGAUGCUGCAGCUGGCGGCCGACAAGAAGAUCGAGCCGUGGGUGCAGCUGCGGCCGAUGAAGGACGCAAAUGCGGCCGUGGUGGACUUGGCCAAUGGCGAUGCGCGGUACCGUUACGUGUUGGAAGCAUAA